UUGAAUGAUUUCAGCGUCGGGCUCGCGAUUGGCCCUUGACCCUGCGUGCGUUGGCAGAACUGCCGUUGGAGGCAGUCCGAUGGUUGGCAUUAUAUUUUGGCAAUGUAACUCUUGCCGCUGCUGCAAAACACAGCACUGCACUGCACGUCACUCGCUGCAAUUAUUUUAAUAAAAAAAAAAAACACUGUCCGCGCGAGGAACACAUAAAAAUAACAAAAGGACGAGAGAGCGACCGGAGUUUACACAAAGUGGGAGUAAUGGAGAUGGAAGAGUGUUCUGUUAAUGGUGAUUCUGGAGCAGAGGAAGAUGAAGAUGAAGAAUUGUCUCAGGCAUCAGGGGGUACUGAAAGUAGUACAGAAAGCAGCGAAACCAGCACUACCACAGACAGCGGUGAAGAAAGUGCAGAUGAUCAAGGAACCACAACGUCAGAAACUAAUUCCUCUAUGGAUGAAGAUGAAGACGAAAGUAAUGUGGUUGAACAUCCAGAAGAACAGUGGGAGACUUGUAUAGCCGGCGGAACUAAAGUUAAAUUACCACAAGACUUGUGCGAGCAUGCAGCUAUAUUUAAAGAAAUGUUAGAUUACCCUAAAUUCUGGGAUGAAUGUUUGAGUGAAAGCCAAAAAGAAUCUUUGUAUAGUUUCUUGCCAACUUUUCCCAAAGACUGCAAUAUUGAGGCAGAGCUGGAUAAGACUCUGGAUAUGUUAUUCAAGAGAGAGACUCAUAGGUUUGGUGUUACUCCUUUAGACGACUUCCAUAAUCAAUUAUCUGCUGGUUACUUUCGACCAGACAUGAAAAAAAUACGCUCAAUGAUUAAGAAAGCAAGGAGAAAAAAGUCUAUAUUUUUAGAACGGAAGAGAUCUUAUGAACUAACUCAACAAAUACUCAAGUCAAGAGCAAAUUUACUGUAUAAUGCUUAUAACCAAGGUUACAUGGGCCAAAUUACUCAGCGUUCAAAUAUAAAAUCAAAUUUAAAGAAACCCAUGCCAACAUUAGUUGACAAACAAGCACAGCGUCGCUACAAAGAAGAACUAAACGCAAUAAAUGCAGAAUUGGGCUCUGGCCUUGCCAGUUCUGGUCUAGACACUGAAUCAUCCAGUGGCGGUUCUGAUGACGAUGAUGACGGCUGUUGUCUUUUGACACCAGGACGACCAAGUAUAGGAGGUAAAUUACAGCAGCAGUUGCUGUUAUUGAAGCAACAACAAAGGAGAAAAAAGCGGGCAGCAAAAGAGCAAAAACUGCAGCAAUUAUUAACAACUCGUGCCAUGCAAUUAAAAAACACACUAUUCAAUGGAAGCGAAGACACCUUGAGGCCGGUUUGUUCAACUUUGCAAAGGCUAGGUAAUGAAUGCGGUCCGAAUAGUGCACUCAGUCCAAACAUGGCAUCGACUGCCAUGAUACCUGAACCCUCUGAAGAAUCCUACAAAGCUAUGCUGAUCGCUCACAAAAAAAGGAGAGCGCGAGGGGAUACAAAUCCAGAACUAAAUACGCAAAGUAUAUCGCUUCCCGAUCUGGUGCAACGAGCCCAGUUGGGUCAGAAGCACAAGUUGACCUCGACGCCGCGUCAGCCCGGCUCGAAGAAGCGCAUCAAAAUCGAGACUCCUUACCAGCCUCAGCAAGUACCCGCGACAAGCAGCAGCGUCGCGGCGCCGAAUUUCGUGCCGAAAAUGGAAAGCGACGCGAUGAGCCACACGAGCGGAGAUUAUUCCCUGCCGAGCGCGGACGAGCUGCGGCACAACGCCAUCGAGAUGCCGGACGAGAAGCCACCGGAAUGCAUAUUUGCCAGCGAAGUGCCGGACGUUAAGUGCGAGAUUAAGAUCGAGGACUGCAACGAGCACAAGUACGAGAUCGCCACUGCGAUACAGAAGUACGAAAUCGAGCCUCCCGCCGAUCAGCCACCCUCUACGAUUAUGGACGACGGUGUGGAGACCGAUCACAACGAGAUGUCCUCGCCUAUGGCCGUCGAAAUAAAGGAAGAGUUGGACAGCGUGGAUUACGACGGCGACAUAAAGCUCGAGGCCGGUAUCGUCUCGGCCGACGAGAUCGAGCCCACUUUGACCUUGCCGAGCGGCCAAUUGUCGAUGCCGAUGUCGCAGCUGCAAUUGGUAGCACCCAAUGGCGCGGACGCAUUGACGAUGUCGGCGGUCGUGUCGUCCAUAUCUCAGAUGAACGUCGCCACCGCGGCGGCAGCGUCGAGCCUGAGCAUCGCCGAGAGCCUGCAAUUGCCCAUGUCGCUGCAGCUGCCCGUCGUCGACGAUGACAUGGUGAAGAAGGAAGAGCUCGACCUCGACAGCAUCGACAUGAUGCAGCUGCCCAUACAGCUGGACGACGGCAUCGACAUACUGGCCGACGUCAACGUCAAGUGCGAGGACGGCAACGUGAUCGCGAUCCCGGAGAAGGACCUGCCGGACUCGCUGGUCGAGGACAUCGUGAUGAACGGCGACGAGCUGCUGCAGGAGACGCACGCCUGCUUCUUCUCGCUGCUGCGCGACUUGUUCAUGUCCAAGGGCGCCUAUCGGCUCAACGUCAGCGAGAUGACGGACUCGGUGAUGCUGUGGCAGGACAAUCCCAUAUCUCCGCUCAACGACUGGUACUCGCUGUUUCAUUCCUGGCCCGCUCUGGUGCCGCUGGCGCUGAGCUUUCUCGCCGGCGAGAUGGUCUACCCGCAGGAUCCGCUCUCGACGGGCAACGACCAGGAGCUCGUGCCCUACCUGGAGAACAAGGGCCAGGGCGUUUACGCCUGGAUCGGCGCCGGCAGAGACUCGGACAAUCACCUCGCCGUGCUCUGCGCCAAGUUUCUCCUGUACAAGGACAUACUGGUGGCGCCCAAGUCCGCGUCGCCGAUCAAAACGACGUCGUCGUCGUUGUCGACGAGUCUCGCGUUGAAAACCACAACCGCUACCGCCUCUAAUGCUGCUACUGCUGCUUCCAAUGUCAAUUCACCUUCUUUACCGUCGUCGCUGCUGACGCCGUCGUCGUCGUCGUCGAUCACCGCGACGACCGUCGUGCUACCGGACGCGUCGAUGAUCGACAACGCCGCGCUGCCGGACGGGCAGAGCAUAGCCGACGGCUUGGCGGCCAGUCUGCAGCCCGAGUGGGAGCCGCCUCAGGCCCUCUACCCGACAGACUGGAAGGUCAGGCCGUCCACGGCCGAGGAGAAGGAGGUCUUUCGGCAGCAGGAGCGUAUGCGCUACGCGGCACCCCACAAGGCCUACACGUAUCACAUGCACGGCUACUCGAGCGUGGUGGGGCCCGUCAAGGGCAUCUAUCAGCACAACGCCGGCUCGGCCCUGACCAAGGCCCGGGGCCACUCGCUCCUGGUGCCGGACCGGCCGAACUUCGUCACGAUCCUGGCUCUGGUGAGGGACGCGACCGCUCGACUGCCCAACGGCGAGGGUACGCGCGCCGACAUAUGCAUGCUGCUCAAGGACUCCCAGUACAUCCACGAGGACAUAUUCGCCAACGACAAGGAGAGCAAUCUGAACUCGGUCGUGUCGGGCGCCCUGGAUCGGCUGCACUACGAGAACGACCCGUGCGUUCGCUACUAUCCCAAGCGCAAGGAGUGGCUGUAUCUGCAUCGCGCCCGAUCCGAGUCCGAGUUCGAGCUCUAUCAUCAGCAGCUGCAGGGCGUGCCCAAGAACAAGAAGAGCUCGAGCUCGGCAUCGAGGAGCAAAGCCGCGCAGGCCGGCAAAAACAUGGCCAAGGAUUCCUCGGGCGCCGCUGGUGGAGCGUCGUCGUCCACGGCCAAAGAAUCCACACCGAAGAAGGAGAAGAAAGGCGCCGCUUCGCAGGCCAGCACCGCUGGUAGCAGCGCGGUGGCGGCCAAGAAAGAGCUACCAAAGAAAAUCGAGGAAAAAGUAACGAGCGCCGCCGCUGUCGUCGUCGAUGCGAGUACCUUGGCGGCCGAACAGCAAAUAGUCAACGUUAUUCCGAGCAAGCCUCCGCAACACAAGCAGUUGACCGCUUUGCAGCAACAAAAGCAGCAGCAGCAACAGCAAAAUGCCGCAGCCGCCGCCGCUGCAGCACUGCAACAAAAGCAACAGAGCACGAUGGCGUCGCAACAACAGAAGCAGCAAUUCGUUUUACAUCAACAGAAACAGCUGCAGCAGCAAGCGAAGUCGUCGCCCGCUCAUCACGUCGUGAUCACGACGGCGACCGCGGCUACGACGACCACAACCACGUCGACCGAGGUGCAGUCCUCGUCCCUGACCAAUACCUUGUCGGCGGCAGCUUCCGCAGCGAACAGCAGCGCGAAUGCCCAAUUGAUGCCCAGCGUCAAUAUGCAACAUUUGAAUAAUCAGAGCUUGCUGACGAAUCAAGCGAUGACGCCCUCGAAGGAAUGCCCCGUCACUGUCAUCAGCACGGUCAUCGAACCCAAACAGCACACGGUCAACGCGAGCAGGGAUUUCAACAAUCUGACCAACGUAACUACGAAUAUGCCAACAUCGACCGUAAAGAAAUUGCCCAGCGUGAAAUCGGUGGCGAUGAGUAAAUCCGGUGGUACGCAGAGCCUGCUGCAAGCGAAUCAGCCACAGGCGCAGCAGCAGCAGCAGCAGCAGCACUUUACUCCUCAACAGAUACAAGUAUCGACCUCGGCGGGUCUUCAAACGAUCAGAUUAUCGGGGCACUCGGUCCUGCAAACUUCUGCUCAGCCGUCGACGAGCGUGACGACCCUGUUUUCCACUGGUGGCAAAUCGGUUCAAAGCCAGGCUCAAAUAAUUACCGCACAACCAGGCAAGAGUCUGUUGCAGAGCUCGAAUCUCAAGCAACAGCACCAGCAGCAGCAGCAACAACAACAGCAAGCUCACGCGGUGUCCGGAAAGACGCUUUUAACGUCGCAAAUUAAAUUGGUGAGCUCGAACCAGAUAAAGUCGCUGCUUACGGGCCACGGCUUGAGCGGCCAAACUAUCUUCAUCAAACAGGCGCCUUCGGCCUCGACGACGCAAGCUCAGUCUUCCGCUCAAAGUACGGUCAACGCGGGAUCCCAGAGUCAGGUUCAACAGCGCGUACUGGCUACCUCGCAGCAGGGUCAACAGUCUACGCCAAACAUGCAGAGAAUUAUCGCGCAAAUAGGCGGCAAGCCGAUCGCGGUUCAAAUUCAGCAAUCGCCGCAGCAACAGCAGCAGCAGUCGCAUCAAAAGGUACUGGCGAAAAUGCUCACGACCAGCGGCUCGAGCGGACAGCUGAUAUCGGUGGAGAGCCUGUUGGCGCAAAAAGGACUGAAACUGGCGACGACGAACCAAGCCCGAUCGGGUGGCAAAGUAAUUCAGACACAAUAUCAGGUCGUAUCGCAGGCUCAAUCUCAGCAACAGCAGCAAAAGAUCAUCGUGAGCUCGCAAUCGGCUCAAGCACUAUCGCAAGCUCAGGCCCAGCUGCAAUCUUCGCAGCAAGUUCGCAUGGUGACCGCCCAGUUGGCGGGAAAGCCAAUCGUCCUCACCUCGGGUCCAGGCGCAGGUAAAACCGUCAAUGUAUCGGCGUCGGGAAACGUAGUCAUCGGCAAGCAGGCAAACACAUCACAAGCCGGACAGCAACAGCCAAUUAUUUUACCGGGUCAUCAACUGCUGAAUUUGAAAACCCUGCACGGGUUGAAAGUCAUAUCUCCGCCGACUGGCUUGAAGACCGCUAGUGGUGCGGUGUACGCUCGAGUCAUCGCGCCUUCCAGCAUUGCACAGGCCGGUCAGAGCAACGUAGUUAUACAGUCAGCACAAGCUCAGCAAAGUGAUGGACAGGCAGUACAAAAUUCUAGAAACUCGACGUUCGGUGGCGCUCAAUAAACUAAAUGCUACUUAUCGUUUGAUUAAAGUGUACAUAUUUAGAAAGUUGAAGAUAUAUUUUUGAGCUAAAGCUUGCCGUCGAACUGUAAUCUAAUUCACAGUGUCGGUGUGUAAUUAUAAACAAUAUAGUUAUAGUACGAGGUAAAUAAAUUUAUAAAUAAUAAAGAUAUAAGUUUACGUGUGAAAGUGAGAGUUAAGUUUAGACGUGCGUGAAUUAUUUCCAUGAGAUCCAGUAGACUGAUGAAGUAUUAGAAUAAACGACGAUUUUAUGUUCUAUCAUUAGGUGAUCACAAGAUGUAUAAAAAUGGUAAUAUUCAUGUGUAUAGAAUAAAAAAAUUGGUAAAAUUUAAAUUACACAACGCUUCGUUAUUUUAAUAACUUUUUCUCUUUAUAAAUGAAUAAUUAAUAAUAAUUGGUCAAAUUCUUGUUGAACAACGGUAUACUUUACUCAGAAAUUAUGUAAACAGCAUUUCACGACUCUUUUUCAGUAUAAUCUUUCGAAAUCUACGAGCUAAACGUACGACACAAAAAUAUAAUCUAUUCGUGUAAUAGAAAAUUCGACUAUUUAAACAUUACUAUAUAACAUUCAUACAAAAGAUAUAUAUUUUAUGGCAAAAAUCCAUUCGAUGCUUUUGCAAUGCGGUGAUUCUUCUAACGAGAAGAGUUCUGUGUGUGUGUAUAUGAAUUAUAAAGAGAUGAUAGAAUGUAUUCGUAGCAAAAAAAAAAAA